AUGUGCUUUGUGGACUUGGAGAAGGCGUUCGACUGUGUCCCUUGGGGAGCCCUGUGGGGGGUUCUCCGGGAGUACGGGGUGCCGGGCCCUUUGAUACGGGCUGUCAGGUCCCUGUAUGACCGGUGUCAGAGUCUGGUCCGCAUUGCCGUUAGUAAGUCGGGCUCGUUUCCGGUCAUGAUCCGCAGCUCUCGCUGGAUCGGUUCGCAGCCGAGUGUGAAGCGGCCGGGAUGGGGAUCAUCUAUGGUCCCCAUCCCUACCCUCAUCUAUGGUCAUGAACUCCGGGUCGUGACCGAAAGAACAAGAUCGCGGAUACAAGCGGCCGAAAUGGAAGGAGCUGAAACAAAGGCAUGCUUUCCUGAUAUGUGCGAGUUACUCGAAGAGUUUGGUGCCAUGAAAGUAAAGCAAGAAACUAUGGAAACAAGGCUGGUGGAGACUGAAAACCAGGUUCUAGAGCUGAAAAACAAAGAAGCAUCAAAGGUCGCAUUUAGUGCUGCAACAACUGGACGUGGAGAUGUUGGGCCCUACAGCACAGAGUCAACCAUAGUUUACAACACAGUGAUAACAAAUGUGGGCAAUGCCUACAAUCAGCAGACAGGUAUUUUUGUUGCACCUGUGGCAGGCAUGUACUACUUCACCUUCUUUUAUCAUGCUGGAGGACAUGUUCCUACAGGUCUGGUCUUGGUGAAGAACAACCAUUAUAUUAUAAGUACUACUGACCAUCAAACAUCAUAUGACGGGGCUGAUAAUGGAGGCAAUGCAGCAUUCUUGCAAUUGCAACAAGGCGACCAAGUAUCUAUCCGGUUGUAUGCUAACUGUCAAGUCUGGGGAGGCAAUUAUCGCACCACAUUCAGCGGUGUUCUUCUGUAUCCGCUCUAA